AUGGCUCCCCAUGAGUGGCUCGUCCAGCCAGCAGCACUCGCCCUCGCCACCCACGCCCUCAGCACCACCCAGCCCACCGCCACCCUCAUCAUCCUCAGCCUUGCCAGCUUCAUCCUCCUCCCAGCAGCACACACCCCCGCACACCUGCCGUCAUGGCUGGCCGGCCUGGCCGUCUACUCGGCCAUCCACCACCGCGAGGCCUCCAAAGCGGCGGCCCCCCCCGACAGCGAGCACGAUAUCCUGAGCGUGCUGAUGGCCAGGAUGGUCUGCUGCGAGCUCGUCGGCGCCCUGCUCUUCGACCAUCCCCUGGGAAACAUGUCCCACAGACUCAUCGCCCUCAUCGCAUACCUAGGUAUCCGCAGUAUCCCAGCGGCUCAUAACGAACCCGCCCCUUCCCCCAGCCUGCUCAAGCCCUUCGACACCAUGGCCCUCUUCCUCAGGCGCGCCCGAGCAGUCAUCAACACCAUCCUCGCCAACCCCGAAAGCCGCAACAUCUACCUCUUCCUAUGUCUCAACCUGGCCUUCAUGCUCAUCCAGAUCACCUAUGGGAUCUGGACCAAUAGUCUGGGCUUGAUCAGCGACUCCAUUCACAUGUUCUUCGACUGCAUGGCUCUGGGAAUGGGCCUGUUCGCCUCAGUCAUGGCCACCUGGCCCGCCGACAAGCAGUUCACAUACGGGUCAGUCCCAAGCGCCCACCAGCCCCAACGACCAGAGAAAAGCGCUCAACUGGAUUGA